UUUACAAGUUGUCAUAAGAAUCAAUGAGUAUAUUUGAAAGACAAAUAAGACUUGAGAUAUUGUUGAGUAUACACAUUGAGAAAUGGAUUGUCCAUUGACAGCUGAAAAGGACUUGAGUGAAUGGAAAAAGUUUCGUUUAGACUCUGACAAGAAUGACUGGAUUGAGGAUAUAGAUAUUUCUGGUGCCAAGUCUUUGUAUGAAAAGGAAGCUCAAGACAGACCACUAAGAGUACUAGUAUUGUAUGGUUCCUUAAGACAACGGUCUUUCUCUCGUUGUUGUGCUUAUGAAGCAGCCAGAUUGUUGGAUUAUUUGGGUGCAGACGUACGAGUUUUUGAUCCUACAGAGUUACCUGUAAAAGGUCAAGUGGAGGAAACCCAUCACAAGGUCCAAGAAUUGAGAGAAUUAGCUCUUUGGUCAGAAGCACAGUUUUGGUGUUCACCUGAAAUGCACGGGAACGUAACGGGUUGUUUUAAAAAUCAGAUUGACUGGAUACCACUUAGUUUAGGUUCCGUGCGUCCUACACAAGGUCGUACUUUGGCUAUAUGUCAAGUGAAUGGAGGUUCACAAUCCUUUAACGCAGUAAAUACAUUGCGAGUAUUGGGAAGGUGGAUGCGUAUGUUUACUAUUCCAAAUCAGUCUUCUAUUCCUAAAGCUUGGCAAGAGUUUGAUGAAUAUAACAGAAUGAAACCUAGUCCUUUGAGAGAUCGAUUGGUCGAUGUAGUUGAAGAGUUGGUCAAGUUUUCGUUGAUGUUGAGAGACCAUUCUUCUUUUUUAGUAGAUAGAUAUAGUGAGAGGAAAGAAAAGGGAGAUUUUGGAAGAUUGUUAUCUCAAGAAGAAAAAGAAAAAUUACGUAAGAACGAUGUUUUGAAGAGUCUUACCAAUAAUAACAAGUCAUAAAGAGCAUUGGUUUAUCUAUACUUUUGUUGUGAGUUUGAUCUCCAAAAGUACU